AUGGGAGGUAGUAUUGGCAAAGAAGCAGGAAAGGACGCUGCGAAAGAAGUCAGUCAUGCAAUUGAAACCUCUACCAACAAGUUGGAGUCUCUAUUGAAAAAUAUUCGAAACGACAUGAAAGGAACUGUUGAGAAAUCUUUACAUGAACUAAAGACUUGCAAAGUAUGGUUUCAAAAAUUGGUGGAUCGUGUUGGUCAUCAGGCUCUUCAUACAGUACAAGAGGCCAAGGAAAUGAUUGACGAUUUUACAGCCAAAAUUUUACUUCAAUUUUCUCAAAAGUUGAAAGUAUUGUUGGAUAAAAUUGACAAUUUUCAACACUUGAUAGAAACCCAUGUAACUGAAAUUUUGAACAAUAUUGCCUUGUUAUGCUCUGAGUUUUCCUCUCUUGUGAGAGCAGUGCUGGAUAAAACAGAUCAAAUUGUCGACAAAACCAUCAAGGCAACUCAAGAAGGACUGAAUGAAAUGUUACAACAAUUUUCUCAAUCUGUAGAGCUUACUAAUAAUACGGCAAAGAUACUUGUACAAGACACCAAUGAGACAGUAUGGAAAGUUGCAAAUAUCACUGAAGGAGCUUAUAGAGAUGGAAUGAAAUGGUUGGAUAAGGUGCAACAUUUAUGGAUUUACCAUUAUCUGCCAUUUAUUGUUUUAUUGAUGGUAUUAUCAAUCAUUUCUAUCAAGUUUUUAACUCCUGACAAUUUGAUAAGAUUGGUUAGUAGUUCUGGAGUUACAGAAAUUUGGUUUUUAGCAUUGGUAACUGGUAUUCAUUUCUUAGUUGCCUUGUCAUGGUCAGUGUUUGAAGUGAAAUCGAACUACUGA